CUCAGAGAGGAAAAGUAAAGGACCAAAGAAGGAGACUGGAGAGACGGGGAUCCUUCCUGCUGAACAAAGUCAGCUGCAAAGUAGACUAGGCAGUCGGCUUCUAUUGGAGUCAGAGUCCCAAAGACAUGGGGUUGUUAGAGUGCUGUGCAAGAUGUCUUGUAGGGGCCCCCUUUGCUUCCCUGGUGGCCACUGGAUUGUGUUUCUUUGGGGUGGCACUGUUCUGUGGAUGUGGACAUGAAGCACUCACUGGAACAGAAAAACUCAUUGAGACCUAUUUCUCUAAAAACUUCCAGGACUAUGAAUAUCUCAUCAAUGUGAUUCAUGCUUUCCAGUAUGUCAUCUAUGGAACUGCCUCUUUCUUCUUCCUUUAUGGGGCCCUCUUGCUGGCUGAGGGUUUCUACACCACUGGCGCAGUCAGGCAGAUCUUUGGCGACUACAAGACCACCAUCUGCGGCAAGGGCCUGAGUGCAACGGUAACAGGGGGCCAGAAGGGGAGGGGUUCCAGAGGCCAACAUCAAGCUCAUUCUUUGGAGCGGGUGUGUCAUUGUUUGGGAAAAUGGCUAGGACAUCCCGACAAGUUUGUGGGCAUCACCUAUGCCCUGACCGUUGUGUGGCUCCUGGUGUUUGCCUGCUCUGCUGUGCCUGUGUACAUUUAUUUCAACACCUGGACCACCUGCCAGUCAAUUGCCUUCCCCAGCAAGACCUCUGCCAGUAUAGGAACUCUCUGUGCUGAUGCCAGAAUGUAUGGUGUUCUUCCAUGGAAUGCUUUCCCUGGAAAAGUGUGUGGCUCUAACCUUCUGUCCAUCUGCAAAACAGCUGAGUUCCAAAUGACCUUCCACCUGUUUAUUGCUGCAUUUGUAGGGGCUGCAGCCACACUGGUUUCCUUGCUCACCUUCAUGAUUGCUGCCACUUACAACUUUGCCGUCCUUAAACUCAUGGGCCGAGGCACCAAGUUCUGAUCUUCUGUAGAAAUUCCCGUCUCUAAUAGCUAGGCUCUAACCAUUUAGCCUACAAUGCUGCAUCUCCUGUGUUAACUCUUUGCCUUUGUCACUGACUGGUCCUCUUCUUACUUGAUGAGUGUAACAGGAUAGGAGAGUCUUGAGGUAAUUAAUGUCUCUUUAUGGACUCUCCCCUCUUAUGUACCUCUUUUAGUCAUUUUGCUUCACAUCUGGUUCCUGCUUUUAAAAAUGGGAAAUUAUUAAGAUGAUGACUUCCCAACUUCAAAGUACAAAGAAAUGGAGGGUGUAAUUCAAAUUUCAAGCUUCUCCUGAGGGUCAAGAAACAUUUUCUUCUCAAAGGGAACUUCCACUGAUGGAAACAAAGUGGAAAGAAAGAUGCUCAGGUAGAGGUAAGGGAUAUUCCUAGUCACCUUGCUAUCAAGAGAGCCCAAAUUCUCUUUGGUAUACUAAACAGAGUACUCACUCCUGUCUCCCUGUUGUCACAAUAGAAGGAAAAAACUGUCAGGAAAAAAAUAAGAGCAUUUCCUCAAACCUUCCCAUUGCAUCUGAGAGAAGGGGUCAAAGCAAGGAUCUUUCACCAUAGAGAGAGAGAGAGCACUGACCCCAAUGGUGAUGGACUAUUUAAACCUUAACUCAGCCCAUCUUACUUAUAGUAUAAGGGAGUAUAUUGUCUGUGUACACUAAAGGGGCACCUGACCUUACACUUCAUUAGAGAAGAGAAUCAGGAUGUUGUCAGCAUCUCCUCACUCUCUUUUCCUUGAUAACAGCUACCAUGACAACCCUGUGGUUUCCAAGGAGCUGAGAAUAGAGAGAAGCAAACUCUUGGAAAAAGGCAGUCAAAGGAGCAGCAGUUAGCAAUGGUUAAUGGUGUAAACGAGUCAUCCCUCUGGUAGACACGGGAUAGUUAACUCUUUGGAUAGUAUAUCUUUUUUUUUUCUUCUGUUAAAUAGUUGUAUGCGCUGGCCUCUGUCUAUCUUCACAAUGGUGCUCUUUUUAUGGCGUAUUACUCAUUCAGUCAUAGUGAUUUGAAGAUCGUGACUUGUUUCAUAAUGAUGCACACUUCACAUUUUACAGUUUCACUUGUUUAAAGUGGUACCAGAAAGGCCUGGAUAAUGAUUCUUUGAUGCAAAAUUUUAACAAAUGAAAAUUUGGCAUUAAGCAUCACAGAUGCUAUUUAAGUUGGCUAGCUCCACACAUCUAUUUGUAUUGUUUACAAGUUAUUCUGCUCUUUCCAAAUAUGAAUUUGAAUAACAUAUUGGAUGGUUCUUUUGAGCUAAUGGGAGAUUAUUUGAUUUAACAGUGUUACCUUGGGAUGUUAAACAGCCAGGUUUAACGUAGCUAUUCUCUCCUGGUUUAUAUUACACGACCAAAAGCUAUCAGUUGUUCAGUUGGAAAGCUUCCAUGGGAAAGGAAAGGUGGGAUAAGUUUGAAAUCUGAACAGCACUAAGUAUUCAGUAUUUUCUUUCUGUAUUUGCUAAUUUGGGGUUUAAAAAAAUGAAAGACUGAUUUAUCUUUAUUGAAGAAAGGAUUUUGUGGAUAUGACUGUUGGUGACUCUUGUUGUAAAUAGUUGUUUUGUCCCCCACCCCCACCCCCUAUGUGGUUUCAGCAAUGUUUAAGGCGAUCUUUACAAAAAAGAUACUUGACAUUUUUUUUUGACAUUUGUUUUCAGACCAGUUUACAUGAUAAAUUUCCAGGUUGGAUAGAGGGAAGAGAUGGAAAAAGUUCUGUAAGAAACCAAUCAAGAUCAAGGAAAGUGAAAUAGUCCAUACCAUGUGUUUCAUUUUGAUUAAAUAACUCAACAAAUAACCAACCAUCCCCCUGAAAGCCUCCCAAGCAUACAUAUACACACAUACACAUACAAAGAGAGUUAAUCAACUGAAAAUCUUUCCUUCAUUUCUGAUAUAGAAUUCAGUCUUAACACACAUAAAGGAUAAACUUUAGGAAACUUAUCUUACAAAAUGUAUUUUAUAAAAUUAAAGAAAAUAAAAUUAAGAUUGUUCUUAAUCAAA